GGAUGCCGAGUACCGCCGACUGUAGGACAGCUACGAAGCCUCCACUAUAACAACCGUUAUGGACAGCCAUGAUCCGUAUGUCCAUUUCAUUUGUCAAGCGCACCAUCACUCAAGUCGGACGCCUGGGACGCCGGCUGGCGUCCUGCCAGCUUGCACCUGAAGGCAUGUGGCAACCUGCGGCAUCAGCCGGCGGUGGCACCGCGAGGGAGCUGUGUUAUGGUCACUACUCGACUGGGCCAAUGAGCACGGCCCAUUCCCACCCCCACGCCUCGCCGAUGGGCGGCAUGGUGGGCCACCCGUCGGUCAUCAGCACCUCCAGGCACUUGCCGUCGCCCAUGUCCUCCAUGGGCUCGCACAUGAACGGCUUGGCCUCACCUUACUCCGUCAUCACCUCGUCUCUGGGCUCCCCCGCCGUAUCGCUGCCGUCCACGCCCAACUUGAACUUCGGACCUCUCGGAAGUCCACAGAUGAACUCUAUGAACAGUGUUAGCAGCUCAGAGGACAUCAAGCCUCCGCCGGGACUGCAGAACAUGGGGAGCAUCAACUACCAGUGCCCGAGCCCGGGGGGGAUGUCAAAGCACAUCUGCGCCAUCUGCGGUGACCGCUCCUCAGGGAAACACUACGGCGUGUACAGCUGUGAGGGAUGCAAAGGUUUUUUCAAAAGGACCGUGCGCAAAGAUCUCACUUACACUUGUCGAGACAGCAAAGAGUGCCUCAUCGACAAGCGCCAGCGCAACCGCUGCCAGUACUGUCGCUACCAGAAGUGCCUAGCCAUGGGCAUGAAGAGAGAAGCGGUACAGGAAGAGAGGCAGCGUGGGAAAGAGCGCGGGGAGAAUGAGGUGGAAUCAACCAGCAGUUUCAAUGAGGAAAUGCCCGUGGACAAGAUCCUCGAUGCCGAGCUGGCGGUGGAACCCAAAACGGAGACGUACUCCGACGGCAGCCCCGGCAACUCGACCAACGAUCCCGUCACCAACAUCUGCCAGGCAGCGGACAAGCAGCUCUUCACGUUAGUGGAGUGGGCCAAGCGGAUCCCCCACUUCUCAGAGCUCCCCCUUGAUGACCAGGUCAUUCUAUUACGAGCAGGCUGGAACGAGCUGCUCAUCGCGUCCUUCUCUCAUCGGUCGGUGACGGUGAAAGAUGGAAUCCUGCUGGCCACGGGCCUCCACGUCCACAGAAGCAGUGCCCACAGCGCUGGGGUGGGCUCCAUCUUUGACAGAGUCCUGACUGAACUGGUGUCCAAAAUGAAGGAUAUGCAGAUGGAUAAAACGGAGCUGGGCUGUUUGCGAGCUAUUGUCUUGUUUAACCCAGAUGCAAAAGGUCUGUCCAACGCAACGGAGGUGGAGGCACUGAGGGAAAAGGUGUAUGCCUCACUGGAGUCCUACACUAAACAGAAAUAUCCGGACCAGCCUGGCAGGUUUGCCAAACUGCUGCUGCGCCUGCCCGCGUUGCGCUCCAUCGGCCUCAAGUGCUUGGAGCAUCUUUUCUUCUUCAAGCUCAUUGGGGACACGCCCAUUGACACCUUCCUCAUGGAAAUGCUGGAGGCGCCCCAUCAGAUCACAUGACCCCUGUCAAACACCCCCUCUUGUACAUAGCCGUUGUCAGCAUUAUGAAGAUGGAUUCGGGGGGGAAAGGACGCUGCAAUUGUAAAGUUGAAUAUUUUAUAACAAUUGAAAACAACAUUGUAAUUAAACCCGAAACGCAAUUUCAAGGCUGCAUUGAAGACUGAGUACAA